UUUUUUAUUGUUGACAUUUGUCAAUGAAAUGUUGACAUUUUCAUGUUUUUAUCAUAUUUUUUGUAUUAAACAGGGAUAUAAACAUUUUAUAUUUUUCUAAUUUUGAAAAUAAAUAAAUAUAAUUUAAAAUGUCUAUUACUUACAUCCCAAGGGUGACCCAGUUGGAUUCUUUACAAUUAGAUACCGAAUUGGAAGAACUAUUUAAGCAAAAAAUUUUUCAAGCUACGAAAUAUUUUGAGCCCGGCCUUCUCCAGCCUAUUCUUCCUGAAAUCGACUUGUCAAUUCGGACAUGGCUAUUUUUAAAUUCGGUGAAAACUAAUAAAAGCACUUUUGGUCAGCAAAUGCUUUCUUUAAAAUAUAAACCAGAUAAUUUUGCUAGAAGCAAAUUGUACUGGUAUUUUGUGUAUGCUAUUGGGUUAAAGUAUCUAAGAGAUAGAGCUUUAUAUAGUUUUACAUCUAACACCCGAGUGCAGAACUUUCUAUCUAAAAUAGAAACAUUCCAGCUAGUAGGUGACAUUUUAAAUUUUCUUCGUUUCAUACAAAGUGGGAAACACCCUGCUCUUAUAGAUUUUAUUCUUGGAUUAGAGUUGACAGCAGAUAAAUUGACAAGGGAGGACCUCACUGACUUCUCUUGGACUCGGGAAUUGUUAUGGCAUAAUCUUAUUGAACUUAUAGGAACGGUGCUAUCAUUAGUAAAUAUGUUUGGUUUAAAACAAAGAAUGACCACAAUAUUGAAGUAUAUGUGGUGGAAAAAUCGUAAAUCAUACAAAGCCUCGGCGAGUCAAGCAACAAUGACUUUGAACACAACAUGUGCAUUUUGCAAUGAAAAACCUGUUCUGCCACACAUUAUGGGCUGCUCACACAUAUUUUGCUAUUACUGUCUCUCGGCUAAUAAGACUGCGGAUCCAGAUUUUACAUGUCCAAAAUGUGAUUACAAUGGAAAAGAAGUUACCAAAUACAUCGUGGCAAUGUAAUAAUUAUAUCUAAAUAUAUAAAGUUAUUUAUUGUGUAAGGGUUGUGAUAUUAAAAAAAUGAAUAAGA